UAAUACGUCAUCAAAGUUGGCGGUAUUUUGAAAAGCGAGUAGCGUCUAGUGUUGUGGUCCGUGGAGUAGGGAACUGUUGCUAAACAUGGCAGACGGCCGGGCAGCAGCGCAGCUGUCAGAGGCCGCCCAGUCUGAGCUGCUGGACAUGUGUGAGGAGCAGUUUGCGCAGCUGGAAAAGAUUCAGAAUGAGAUUAUACUGUGUGAGCCAGAUUUUUGUGAGAAUCCACAAGAACAGUCAGUAAAAAGACUGACUGCAACAGAAGCUGAGCUGAAGCAGUGGUCGACAGUGGAACCACAGUUGCUGGCAGAAAAUUCAGAGAUUUUGCUCGAAGCAGGAAAAGAAGAGAUGCACAAGCUGUGCUCUGAACUUGAGAUGGUUGCUUCCUGUUAUGAAGCCAAAAGAGACAAACUGAAAAAGACUAAGGAACUUGAACUAAAAUGGCUGGAGGAGAAGAAACAGGUGCUGGCUGCCGCCAGUGGUCACAGUGAACGACUUCAAAUUGAAAAGGAGAAGUUGUCAGAACAUACGAUACUCCGGGACAUCAAGGAAAAAAUACAGAAAAUGAAGGUCUACCAGGAAAGGCUGAUGGAGAGCUUGGGGUACAUCCUGGAGAAACACGUUCCUCUCCCUCAGGAGGAUUCCAGUACAAACAAGAAGAAGAAGAAUGUUCCUCAUGAGAUUCAUGAAAACUUGAUUUCACUCAAUGAAAUUCUGGAGAUUCUCAUGAACAAGGCUCUGAACACACCGCACGACCCCUAUGUGGCGAUAGAUGACACAUUUUGGCCACCGUAUGUAGAGAUGCUGCUCCGUUAUGGAAUUGCAGUGAGACACCAUGAGAAUAACUUUAAGAUCCGCUUGGAAACCUUUUUCUGAACCACUGGUGCAUUAAAAAUCUAAAGCACUGUGCUGAAACUGAGUCUGCUUGUGCAGGGAAAUCAUUAUGCAUUUUUUUGUAGGCUAGUAGGAAGUCUAUGGUGGAGAAACAGUGAUGCUAGGGCGUUCCUGAAUUUACUAUAUGCAUGUGUAACAUUUCUAUGUACAUACUUUUUUUUUAUUGCUGUCUGUUUAGACUUCUUAAAUACUGUUUAGUUAAAAUGUCUUGUAAGCGCACCUAUUUUUCUAGUUCUAUUUUUACAUAUUCAAGGGUAAUUCAAAUGUAUGAGUGUUUUAUCCAAAGUAUGUGUUCUAGAAAUCCCGUGUGCAUGUGUGUUUUUCAUGAGAAUUCAUAUUUAUCAGCGUAAAAUUAAAUUGAUCUUAAUUUUGGUUUCAUUUAACAGUUUUCCAUUAUGUUUGAAAAUUAGGAAAAUAUGUUCAGUAAUGUUCUGUGUGUGUGUGUGUGUGUGUGUGUGUGUGUGUGUGUGUGUGUGUGUGUGUGUGUGUGUGUGUGUGUGUGUGUGUGUGUGUGUGUGUUUUGUUUGUGUUUAUACA